UGCAAUGGACUUACAGCCAAUUUCAUUAUGAAAGGGAGGGCUGAGCCUCGAUGCCUUUCAUUUGCAGUCCGUGCAGCCGAAGCACGUGCUUCCUAGUGUAAAAGGCUCUCAUCUGUGAGAGUAAAGCUGAAGGGGCGUGGAUAAAGGCUUGAGUUACCUGCCCUAGACUUUCACCUGCGGAGGAAUGGAAAGAAUUUACCAAACCACCACCACCAGCAGCAGAAGCAAGUCAAGUGAACCUGGAACAUAAAACCAUCGGCGAGAGAGAAGACGAGGACCUCGACGCACACCUGAAACAUUGGACUCGCUCCUGCAUGAGAACACAGCGUGUGUAAGCCUCAGAGAACGAGACGGCGAAGCAUCGCAGAGAGAGAGCUGACCCCUGACCAUGGCUCUCCGGGAACCAGAAAGACCCGUGGGAGAGACAGAAGGAGCGUGUUUACCUGUGCAGGUGGAGCGGAGUGACCGAUGUGAGCUGCACUGACCGGACACCAUGCUCAGACCCCGACGCUUCUGGAUCUUUAACGUGCUCCUGUGUUUCGCCAUCAUUUAUUCUCGACUCGGGGCUCUUUCCUCUGUGGUGGCCCUUGGUGCAAACAUCAUCUGCAAUAAGAUCCCGGGUCUCGCCCCCCGCCAGCGAGCCAUCUGCCAGAGCCGGCCGGACGCCAUCAUCGUGAUCGGAGAGGGGGCACAGCUGGGCAUCAACGAAUGCCAGUAUCAGUUCAGAUUCGGCCGCUGGAACUGCUCGGCGCUCGGCGAACGCACCGUCUUCGGACAGGAGCUGCGAGUAGGCAGCAGGGAGGCGGCAUUCACCUACGCCAUCACCGCCGCUGGGGUCGCCCACGCAGUGACCGCAGCAUGCAGCCAGGGCAAUAUGAGCCAGUGCGGCUGCGACAGGGAGAAACAGGGCUACUACAACCAGGAGGAGGGCUGGAAAUGGGGCGGAUGCUCAGCGGACAUUAAAUACGGCAUCGAGUUUUCCCGGAAGUUUGUGGACGCCCGGGAGAUUAAAAAAAACGCCCGACGGCUGAUGAACCUUCAUAACAACGAAGCUGGCCGAAAGGUCCUGGAAGAGCGGAUGAAGCUGGAAUGCAAGUGUCACGGCGUCUCGGGCUCCUGCACCACCAAAACCUGCUGGACCACGUUACCCAAGUUCCGCGAGAUCGGCUACAUCCUGAAGGACAAGUACAACAAAGCGGUGCACGUGGAGGUGGUCCGCGCCUCUCGCCUGCGACAGCCCACCUUCCUCAAAGUGAAGAAGACACACGGUUAUCAAAAGCCUUUAGAAACAGACUUGGUCUACAUCGAGCGCUCGCCCAACUACUGCGAUGAGGACGCCAAAACGGGCAGCGUUGGGACGCAGGGGCGGCUGUGCAACCGGACAUCGCCGCACACGGACGGUUGUGACCUCAUGUGCUGUGGGCGGGGCUACAACACGCAUCAGUACACCAAAGUGUGGCAAUGCAACUGUAAAUUCCAGUGGUGCUGUUUUGUGAAAUGCAACACCUGUAGCGAGAGGACGGAGGUGUUCACCUGCAAAUGAAUCGGUUGCACAGCAGAAUAUAUUCGCUUUAAGAGUUGAAAUACGAGCCCAGAGGUACGUGCACUGACUCGCGCUAAAGGACUGCAGGAUGCUCGCCGAGCAUGCUGGGAUUUGUAGUUUGGGACUCGGCGUCGUCUCAAAUGCCACGGAGGAACUCGUCGAAGGAGCUCAACGCAAAUCGAGGAUUUUUAUUUGUAAUGCCAACUGGAAUCUGUUAGAGUAUGUUAGCUAUCCAGUCACACUGGGUCUGUCUGUUUGAACACUGAAAAUAAAUUAUUAUGUAUUAUAUGUCAUAGUCUCCUAAGGAACCGAAGCGCUAACGGGUAGAAAUGUGUUUAUUUUGUACGAAGUGUAAACCAAGAGAAAGACUUCGUAGAAGCUUGUGAUUGAAAACUGAAUGUUUGAUGGCUAAAGAUGAGCUGACUUCCGAAACCACUGUCGUAUUUUUGUUUUUGGUCAGCUGACGCAUGUUAACAUCUUUGCUGUAAUCUAGCCGUAGUUCUCCGUGAGGAAUGCGGUAGACGUCCGGGCCACUUUUCUUUUUCCGACUUUGCUAAACCAUCUGUAUGAGUCAAGAGAUCCUUCCUCAGUUCCUGAAAUGUGGAAAGAAUAUAUUUCUAGAUAUGUUACAGAGACAUGCUGCACUGAUAUAUUUUCUAUUCAGAUACGAUGAAUUUAAAAGUAAAAUAAAUGAAUAUCAAGUUGACUGACAUCUGGGGUGUUUUUGCAGGAAAAAAAAUAACUAUUUGGGAAUCUGGGGUCUGAAACCCAUGUGUUAUAUAUUAUAUUGGUAUAAUA